AUGAACACUCCUGACGAAGAAUUUAUUGUUAAUGAUAUCAUUAACAAUUUGAAAAAAUCAGAUGAAGAAAAGCAUGCAACAAAUACGAACUACAUUUCAAGAACUCAUCAUGUCACGCGGGAUUUCAUCAAUUUCAUGAACUCUCCGCGAGAACUGGAAAAGGCUGACUUUAUUGGACUUUCAGAAAUCCUUAUCGAGCAACGCGAAACGAAAAGAGCGGAUAGAGUCAAGUCUCUUAGCAGGAAAAUUUAUCAAUCUAAUCAUGCUGCGACUGUUUAUUGGAAUAUAGUCAGGACUAUCAUAAUUAACGGCGAAUUGGAGGAUCUUGAGAAUCCGGAAAUUGAUAGCAUAGUUUCUUAUAUACUGCACGACUAUCUAUCGGUUUGGGACUACAUAAAUUUAUCGGAACCAGAUAAGAUCAAACGAUUGGAGGACCUCUUAGUUAUCAUCCCGCUCAUAUAUAUGCAUGAGCACCUUGAUGUCAAACGGAUAAGUUCUUCAAUAGCUGAGACUGCGACAGAGAUGAUCGAUAAAAUUAUCAGUUGUCUGCAGUUGACGAUGAAAAGAGUAUACAAACUCACAUCGUCACUGGACGCAGUGAUGAAGGGACGAUCAAAAUCCAGCGAUUCCGAACGCUGGAUUAUCGAGAUGCUCGUCGCCACCCGUCAGCUCGAAAUUUACUUAAGAAUGUUAUUGCCGGAUGUGAAAAACAUCAGGAAAGAGGUGAAUUUGUCGAGCAGUUACCUAAAACAGACUCUGAAGUCACUGUCGCAGCUGUGGACGCUCCUAAUUGAUACUAAGAUUACACAUAUAGAUUUGAAAAUGCUCACCAAAAUUAACGAGAUAUGGCGAAAGUUCCGGUACAAAAGUUACGAGUUAAAUUGCAUAAAUGACGUCGUUUGUGAAAUAGUCAGCUUAUUUCCUAAAUUAAAUGCAGCUCAAGAAUUUCAAUUGCAACAAAUGUUAGGCGGAGCCAAAAUACUUGAAGACCGAAAAAGAUUGUUACGAACUAUGAGCACAUCGAUAGUGAAAUGCGGAAGCUGCUCUGUAGCUUAUUCAAAUAGCGACGAAGAUUACGAGAAACUGAAACUGCAAUUUCUCGGUUUUUGCGCGUGGAGUUUUGCUUACGGCAAUGGCGCCCUGAUCCCUGGCAACCCAUGUAUUGGCGUAUUAGAAUGGAAAGGCAGGUGUUAUGCUUUUAGCUCUGUUUGCGCUGCUCGACAAUUUGGAAAUGAUCCAGACAAGUGGGUGGGUGUGGCUUUGAAUAUUAUCGGAAAGCGACCGGAGUACAUUGAUUUAUUCAAGCUUCACGAUUUCGUUCCAAUUAUCAGCCGACAUGGAAGAUUGUGUGGAGCAUGCGAACCAUUAAAGACUCGACGAAAUCGAAUAAUUCAAACGGAGACGCAUAUGCCACAAAGCAAGAUCGAUGAAAUUGGUUCAAGCAUUUGGUCUUACCGGUACGAAGCUUUGCAUAUGGCAAACCUUUGCCAAUGUAAAUCAAGCAGUAGCCAAACUUCCCAAUCACAUUUCCGUAAUAAUAUCUGGGUUUACACGUCAAUACCAACAGAAAAGCAAGUACAAACGAAUGAAAACAAGACUACGGAUCCACUUGAACCUAUAUAAUGUUAUAAAAUAAAUGGUUGAUUUACAUAAAUGAUUAGGUAAAUCAUUGAACAGCAACCGUGACAAAAUUGUUGAUUGUAUCUAUAUCUAUAAAUAUGUAUAGCGGCCUCUUAAAAGUAAAAAUAAAUACAACGAAUCUA